GUCGCUCUAUCUGACGCAAUCACUUUGACAUAGUAGCGUUGAAGGACGUUUGCAGCACAUUAAUAGCAGAACAAUGCCUAGAGGAAGCCGAAGCCGUACCUCCCGGAUGGCCCCGCCAGCCAGGCGAGCGCCGGUAAAGAGGUCAGCACCACCUCCAGCAGCACACCCACCUGCUACUGUUGCUUCCGCCCCAUCCGCCCUAAGACCUGCAGCAGCCUCUAGACAACCCGGUCUCAUGCACAAAUGGCUACUACAGCUGCUGGAGUUUGCAGUUGGUUCUGCAGUGGGACACACUCUAGGACAUUGCGAUGACUGGGAUUUUGGAGGUGGCAGUAAUUCAGAGCCUGCAAGUGCAGAUGUUACCUACCAGGAACCUGCAGCUCCACAGUCAGCUUAUCAACAACAGCAGACUCUGUCCGCACCAUGCCAGUAUGAGAUGAAACAGUUCUUGGAGUGUGCUCAGAAUCAAUUUGACCUCAAGCUCUGUGAGGGCUUCAGCGAAGUACUCAAACAGUGUCGAUUCUCAAAUGGAUUACCAUGAGUGUUUGCUUCAACAUAACCUCAAAUUCCUGAGUUGAAUGUUCUUCACUUCAGAUCUACAGAAACCAUCAUGAAAGAAGCUGAUGAUUUCAUAGAGAAUUUACUCUUCUAGUCAUAUAUGAUAAUCUGUCAUUAGUCAUGCCUUUCUAAAACAAAACAAAAAAUAAAGGUGACACAGAAAUUACUACUUGUGAACCAUGUCCAGUUAUUGCCAUGAGAGGAUGUUUAGUCUGCUAAUAGAUUUCGUAUUUUUAUUUAAAUAAAUGAUUUACAAAUCUGGAA